AUGCCCAAAGCGCCGAAGGAGGCAUUCUACGCCGUUCGUAGAGGCAUUAAGCAAGGGGUAUACGACUCCUGGGAUGAGGCGAAGAAGUAUGUGCUUACGUGCCCGGACGCUAAAUACAAGAAAUUCAAGACACGCGAUGAGGCCCAUGCGUUCGCGUUUGCCAUACGGAGUACACCUGCGUCCACUAUCGUCAUCAAGCGCGAGUGCUCGACGCAACGAUUACCCAGCACUCCCUCGGCGUCGCAGGUACCGAAGGUCGUUUUCUACGGCGUGCAAAAGGGUCGUCAGCAGGGGGUCUUCGAGUCGUGGGACGAGGUUCAGAAGCAAGUCAAGGACUAUCCGGACGCGAAGCAUAGAUGCUUUUGCACACGUGAAGAGGCGGAGGAAUACGUAUCGGGGACGUGGCAAUCUCAGCCCACGGAACGAUGGAGCGAUACACCCACUCAGUGCAUCAAAGCGGAGGAGAAUAAUCCGAUAUCGCUUGCCUCAGACGAAUCCGAUUCUGAUUCUGAUUUUGGCGCCGGGAUCGUCGACAGUUCCGAUUCCGAUUCCGACUCUGACAUCGAGAUUCUCCCCGACGCCCCGCCCUCAACACGUCGACCUCCACAAUCGGCACCUGCUCUCCAGCACUCGCGUCUCCUCGCUAUCAAGCAGGAGUCCGGCGCACCAAAGCGGCAGUCGGGUGUAAUCAAACAGGACCCGGAUGAACCGCCCUCCAGCCAAGUUCAGAAGUUCUUCGAAAAACUUCCCGGAAUCCGAAGUCUGCCGCAGACGAAGAACUAUGUCGAGACUUUCCACCAGCUUUCGCAGACGCAAGGUUGGACCGAUAGAAGAGUCAAGUACGAGAGAACCAGGCUGAAGCAAGCAUAUACGACGGACUUUUGCAGGAUGUUCGGCACGGACCCGACCUGUCUCCGAUCCUGGCAGGACCUCUGUCGUGCGAUUGGGACCAGGGAAGAAGACAUCCCGCACGAUCUGGUGACAUGUCGCGCAUUGAUUCGCAGUGUGCACGUCAACAUAUUUCAUCUCGUGGACUACAAGAUAUUAGGGACGCCCGUGAAACGAUUCUCUAGCUUGGAAGCGCUCGCCUCGUAUUGUCGGAAAUACGACAUGUUCUUCCCGAAGAAAUGGGCAAAGGACGGAUCUCUAUUGCAUUUCUUUCUCCGUAAGGUCUUGGGCGCUGAAGUGUAA